CCCGUUAGAUAUUAACACACUUACAGCUGGUUUAUUUGGCGCUGGGUGGUUAUCUUUUCAAAUGUGUCUUGUCUUGUGGAUUUUUAACUGAAUAGCUCGGUCGUCGUCGUUCAGUGGUCUUAUGAAUAGCCACUGACGAAUUUCUUCAUUGUACUCUUAUUUUUUUUAUCCGCGUAUAUAUAUAUAUAUAUAACGUUUUAAUUGUCUUAUUUAUGUAUGUAUAUAUAUAGUCACGUUGAAACGCAUUGAACAUCCGUGUUAUAUCACACUCCCCGUAUUGUUAAAAAUACCAGCAACAAAAAUACGUAUUUUCACAUGACGAGAAAAAAUUAGGAAAAAGUAACAAGUAACUACAACAAUCUCUCUCUUGCUAGUAUACACAAAAAAAUAUUUAAUUAUUAUCCUUUAAAACACACAUACAUUUAUUUACUAUUAACAGAAACAACACAUCACAGGUUUUCAUAGUACACGCCGAAAAGACUCAUACAUUAUAUAUAUAUAUAUAGUAUAUAUGUGUGUCCUCAUUCAGCAUCGUAUCAAUAUUUGCUAAGUAGAUAUAUUUGCUAUAGAACAGGAAAAGUAUGGCUUGGACAAGGUUUUGGCUAUCGUUAAUCGCUGCUGUUUUUAUUCACGGAGUUUACGUCUUAUGUGUCGACGGGAAAGACUGUAAAAUUGGAGAUUAUGAUUUCUCACCUUUGGAUCUGUCUUACCCAUGGAUGUCUGUGAGUCCUUCAAAUGAUACCUAUUGGAUCAGCAUCUGUUCAGCGGUGAAUCAUGAUAAAUGUCCCACAGGCAGUUCGAUUUGUAGAGAAAAGUCUGGUUCAUUUAUAUCAGUGGGUAAUUAUACAAGUUCUCCACCCUCUCAUGAAAAUAAAGAUAAAGAAAUCGUAGUGUCAUUCACUGGUGGAGUCUGUCCCUCAAAUUCCUCAGCAUCUCUAAGAACAGAUAUCUUAUUCAAGUGUGGUAAGACGUUGGGUUCACCCAAUUUUCUAAGCCAAGACAACAGCUGCACAGAGGUGUUUGAGUGGGAAUCCCUUGUUGCUUGUAAGAAGCGGACAGAAACUGUGAAAGAAGUGCCUUGUUAUGUGUAUGUGAAAGGAAAGAAGCGAGACCUGACACCUUUGGUAAAGCUGAAAGGUGCCUACAAGCUGGUAUCUGAAUCCGAUGGUUCACCCGAUUUUGUCGUCAACAUUUGUCGUGCCAUCACUAAAGAUCCUGCUGAUCCAUCUCUAUCGAAUUGUCCAGAAGGUUCUGCAUCAUGUGGGAAAAUCCUGGAGAAUUUAGUUGGCUUGGGACAACCAACAACUGCUUUAAGAGCUAUUGAUGAGCGAACUCUUCAACUAGUUUACAAAUCAGAAACUAGCGCAAGUUCUUGUACUGGCACUCCACAGACUGUGAUUACAUUCAUAUGUCCUACUAAUGGCCAAGAAGGCAAUUCUCCAAUAGUUUCACAGAGUGAUUGUCUGUUUAAAGUUGAUUGGAUCACACAGUAUGCUUGUGAAGAAUCUGAAAUUUCUGUGAAGAAUUCUUUACAACUCAUUCGGGAGAAAGAUGAUAUUGAUUUUGAUCUUACACCCCUAUCAAAGAAGAAUUAUAUCGUAGAUGCAACUGAAAAAGACGGUACUAAGUACAAGAUUAGUUUGGCAAUUGGCCACACAAUAGGAUGCUUUGGAAGUGUGGAAGAUGACAGAUAUCACCCUUCUGUGUGUCAAAGGAAGCCUGAUAAUGACGAAUUUGCCAGAGUCCUUGGUAGUAAUCAACAUUCAGUCUUAAGAUACAAUGAUCGUCAUCUGACACUGACAUAUAAAGAAGGCCAAAAAUGUUCCUCAAAUUUAAAACGGAAAACAAUUAUUGAAUUUCAUUGUAAUAAAUCUGCUGUAAAUAGCAAACCAGUUUACCGUUUUGAAGAAUAUUGCAGCUACUACUUUGAUUGGUAUACACCCUAUGCCUGCAUUGAUCAUCCAUUACAGGAAAAGUGCAACACUGUAAAUAAUGGCAAACUUUUUGAUUUGUCCAGCCUCAGAUAUACCUCUGAUAAUAAUUGGGUUGCACUAAAUGGUCAUGAGUAUAAUGAUGAUGCAGAAAUACUCCUCAAUGUCUGUCACGAUAUUAUGCCUUCUGGAAGAGCUGUGAAAUGUCCUACAGACAGUGCUAUUUGUUUGAAAAAAUUUGAUGGUACAACUAAAAGCCUUGGCCGCUACCAACAUGAACCUGUUUACAAUGAUGUGACCAAGACACUUCAGCUGAAUUAUACAGAUGGUGACAAAUGCAGUUCUGGCAAAAUUUUUUCUGUGAUAACAUUUUUCUGUUCCCCAGGCAUGUCCGACAAUGCUCCUGUUGUGGUUACUAAAUCAUCUGACGAUUGCGCAUACUAUCUAGAGUGGCACACAGCAGCGGCAUGUGUUGUGACCAAGAAGAAGGGGGCUAACUGUCAACUGGAAAAUAAAAUUGCUGGUAUCAGCUUCAAUCUUACUCCUUUGAGAAAAUUGAACGGUUUUUAUAAACUUCAUAUGGACAAAUACACCUAUUUCAUCAAUGUUUGCGAUAAUGUUAAGACUGGUACUUGCAAACUCAAUACACCUGCUGGAGUAUGUCAGACCGAGGAUGAGACGAAAGUAUCCAAAAAUGCUGGCCAUGCCAACAGUAUUCUAACAUAUGAGGAUGGAAUUUUGAAGUUGAUCUAUGAAAAUGGUGAUAAGUAUAACUCUGACCCUCCUGUUGCUCGAAGAAGUGUGAUCACUUUUGUGUGUAACACAAAAGCCAGUCUUGGAAGACCCGAGUUUAUAAAAGAGUCAAAUUCUACCUACUGGUUUUUGUGGUACACUAAAUUUGCCUGUGUUACACAUCCAGUUGAAUGCACUUUCACUGAUGAACAAACCCAUGAACAGUAUGACCUCUCAAGUCUCACAAAGAUGCCAGAUAACUGGGUUAUUACUCAAAUUCACACACAUCCUGUACAGAAGUAUUAUAUUAAUGUAUGUCGUUCACUGAACCAUGUACCUGUUGAAACUGGCUGUGAUGUUCUUUCUGCAGUAUGCUCUACAAAGGUUGAAGAUGGCAAGGAAGUGAUUGCUAAUGAAAACCUUGGAGAAGUUGUUAAAGGUCUUCAGAAGAAAGGAGAUAACAUUGUAUUGGAAUACACCAAUGGUAAAGCAUGCAUGGACACUGAUCACAAACUGACCAACUAUUCCACAACAAUCCAUUUCCACUGCACAAAGAAAAUAUCAGAGCAUGGUCCAAGUUUGUUAAAUAUCAAUUCAGGGUGUCAUUAUGUAUUCUUGUGGAACACUCCAGCUGCAUGUAUUCAGACCAGCACAGAAAGCAAUAAGGAGAAAUGCUCAGUAAAGGACACCAAUUCUGGUUACAUUUAUAAUCUGCAGCCUUUGACAAGGGAUGGAUCUUACAGUAUUGUUUCACAGUCUCGUAAAUUCUAUUUGAACAUUUGUGGACCUGUGAAUUUGCCUGGCUGUACCAUGCCUGACAAUUCAAAAGCAGCAGUUUGUGAACAAGUCUCAGGUACAGUAACUGGUCUGGCAGCUGUUAAUACUGAACUAGAACUGACUGACAGACAUUUACAGCUGGUCUAUGCUGGAAAACAUUUAUCUGAUGGUUCUCUUUUCAAGGUAACAAUUAAUUUUGUCUGUGCCAAAGAGACAGAUUUAGGCAUUGUCAGUUUGGUGAGAACAACUGAAAGCAGCUACAUAUUCCAGUUUGAUACUCCUCUUGCUUGUCCACCACAGACAGUUGAUUGUGUUGUUCAAGACCGUCUUGGUAACCAAUAUGAUUUGUCCCGAUUGACAAAGCAAAACGGCAACUGGGAACUUCCUGUUGGAAGUAUGAAGUACAUCAUCAACAUUUGCUCACCAAUUAAUGAUUAUACAGGCAAUACAAGUUGUGCAGGUAAUGUUGGUGGUUGUCAAAUAGCUCCAGGCCGAGGAGACUAUAACAUGGGUUAUGUUCAAGGUAAACCCAUUGCAUUAUCAGAUGGAACUCUGAGUUUACGUUAUCGCAAUGGAGACUUGUGUCAUAAAGGCACUGACAAGGAAAGCCAUCGGAGCACUCGCAUUAAUUUCUUUUGUAGCCCAGUUGAGCAUUAUAUUUCUUUUGAGAGUGAAACAAAAUUCUGUGAAUAUAUAUUUACUUGGAGGACACCAGCAGCUUGUCCUAUUAAGCGUAUCACAGGCAAGUCUUGCAAAGUUGUCGACCCUUUGUAUAAAAAUGAAUUUGACUUGAACCUGUUACGGAAAUCAACUGGUAAUUAUCAUGUAAUUGGCGGUGGCUAUGAUUUUUUACUCAAUGUGUGUGGAACUUUGAACACUGAAAAAACAGAAUGCAACAAGGACACUGGAUCUGCAGCCUGCCAAACACGUUCUUCAGACCCAUCUUUCGCAAUCAAUAUUGGAAAAACAAGUGAUGAACUUGUUUAUGAAGAUGGCAUCAUUUUUUUGACUUACAAAGAUGGUAAAUCAAAUUGCCAUAAGAAGUUCAACCGCAAGACAAUAAUAAUUUUCACCUGUGAUCCAAAUGUGGAGGGUACAACUGGACCUCAUUUUAUUGAAGAAAAAGAUGACUGUAGCUACCUCUUUGAGUGGCCCACAAGACAUGUCUGUCCAAAGAUAACAACCAGUAACUGCAAAAUACAGGAUAGCAAGGGCAAUGAAUAUGAUUUUAGUGGACUAAGACUUAGUAGUAACAACUACAUUUACUUAUCGCCUGGGCAGGAUAAACAGAAGUUUAUUUUAAAUGUAUGUCAGACUCUUGUGCAUCGUAAAGGUGAAACAUGUCCCUCCAGUUCAGCAGCAUGUCGCAUAUAUUUGAAUGAGACUGAUUCAACAAAGAAAUAUCACAAUAUUGGAGAACUUGGUUCCAAUCCUCUUGAAUUUUUUGGUAAUUUCCCACGGUUGGUGUAUAAGAAUGGGGAACCUUGUGGAGAAGGGAAGACUUCUUCAACUUACAUCACAUUUCAGUGUGAUUUAUCUGCUGUGGAUUCAAGCCCCAAAGAGUAUUACUAUAUAGAAAGUAAAUGUGAACAUCACUUUUUGUGGGUUGCACGAGAAGCUUGUCCUUUGAACCAGAUCCCAUCUCAUAAUGACACCUGUAGUGUAACUGAUGAGUCUACAGGAGUUUCCUUUGACCUGUCUCAACUGAAGAAAUCUAAGGGAUACACCAUAAGUGAUCAAAAAGAACAUUCAUUCCAACUUAACAUUUGUGGUGCAGUGGCAAAUAGCCAAUGUUCAAAAGAAUCCAGCUCCUGCCAGACCAACACGAACACCAAUAAAUCUUUUAAUUGUGGAAAAGCUAACAGCAACCUUCAAUUCAAAGAAGGCGUCAUUUUCCUGAACUAUUCUGGUGGUGAUAAAUGUCAUGGAGGCAAGUUUGAACGAAACACAAUCAUCAACUUUGUGUGCAACCCCUCAAAAGGAAUAGGUGCUCCUGUGUAUCUAGCUGAAUCUAAAAAUUGCACUUACUAUUUUUCCUGGCAUACAGAUUUAGUUUGUGAAAAACAGUUUCGUUGUACAGUGAUAAAAGGUGGCCAGAUGUUUGAUUUAUCUCCACUGGUACAGAUGUCCGGACAUCAUGUUGCUGAAGGCAUGGCACCGUCGGAAGAUCCUGGUGCUUCAUACUACAUAAAUAUUUGCCGACCCUUAAAUCCCAUCUAUGGGUCUAUCUGUCCCCCUCUUGCUUCUGUUUGUGAGACCCAUGUUGAUGAAAAUGGUGUGAGUCUUGGUUCAGUUUCUGAUGUUCCAUACAUUGAUCCAAAUGAUCAAGCUGUGACUAUUCAUUACAAAAAUGGUGCACCUUGUCCCAACUCUAAGCAAAACCGAAGUACAAUCAUCAAGUUUAGAUGCAAAGUUGGUCCAUCUUUAGGCCAUCCUGUACUGAUGGAUGCUAUUGACAGCUGCACAUACAUCUUCAACUGGGAGACUAAUCUUGUUUGUAACAAAUCUGCCCCUGAUGCACCUAAACACUGUGUUUAUAAAGAUACUCGGACACUCAUUGAAUAUGACUUCUCAUCUUUGCAUAAUUCAGAUGUGAAUAAGAUUCCUGCUGAUCCAUCUGGCAAUUUCCUUCUCCGGGUAUGUGGGCCUGUGAGUGGGCUCUCAAACAACUGUAAAAAAUCAGGUGCCUGCUAUGUUGACACAAACAAUCAUGAAGUUAACUAUGGGAACGCCAGUGAUGCAGUGUUUUCUAUUGACCGAAAUCUGAUAAGUUUGACUUAUCAAAAUGGAGACCCAUGUUCAUCUGAGCCGGGAACACGUGCCAGUACAAAGAUUCUCUUCUUAUGUAACAACACUGCUGGUCUUGGGAAACCUGUGCUAUUUGAGAAAACGUCAUGUCAGUUGGUAUUCAUCUGGAAAACCAAAUUUGCAUGUCCUCCUGCUGUCAAAGACUGUUUCUUGUCCUAUUUGAAUAGCAGUUAUGAUCUCAGCAGUCUGGCUAAUACACAAUCUUGGAAAGCAAUGACAGUUACUGGUGAGACUUAUUGGAUCAAUGUCUGCCAAAGUCUGUACACUCGACCAAAGUCUCAAAAUUGUUCUGGUAGUGGUGCAGCUGUUUGUGUCGAAAGUAAAAAUGAAGUGAUGACAAUUGGAUCUGCUUCACGAGUUGUCUUAUAUGUCGAUAGGAACAGUCCAGUAAAUAACCCAGUGAUAAUCCUCCAGUAUUCCAGUGAUACUCCUGUCUGCAGCAAUAAAAGGGCAACGACCAUCAUUAGGUUUUCUUGUUCUAGAACCAUGGGCAGGCCCGUGUUCAGUAAAAAGAAUUUGGAAACAUGUACAUAUGAAUUUAACUGGGCUACAUAUUUGGCCUGCAAAGAGGAUCGGGAAGCUAUGAAGGAAGUUAAUGGAGUACUUAUUGACUAUAAAUCUUCUAGAAAAAUAUAUUUUGGCAACCAAACCCAAGGAAGAACAUUCCGUGUUGAAGAGACAAGGGGCACUGAGAAAUUCUACUAUGACAUAAGCUUUGACGGAAAGCUUUACCCAGAUGAUGAAAAUGAAGGAAGUGACACAUGUAAAAAUGCAGCUGUGUGCCAGCGCAAAAAAGGGGACAGUUCUUAUUAUAAAAAUCUUGGUAGUGCUACUAAAAAACGUUUCUAUAUGGAUGCUGAUUACAUGGACCUUGAAAUUACUUCACCUGAGAAAUGUCACUCAAACCCAUCUAAAAAUAUCGUCAGUGUAUUUGAGUUCUUUUGCACCCGUUUAGCAUCUCAGGAGAAUCCUACCUUUGUAUAUGAAUCAAACGAAUGUGUCUUUCUGUUUUAUUGGCAUUCCAAAUUAGCCUGCCCUCAUUACAAUAAUUCUGACCAGUCACCCAAAAAGCAAGUUUCUGUGGCAUCAAGCAAUUAUCACAUAUUAAUUAUUGUUACCAGUGUUACCUUCAGUAUCAUUAUUAUUGCUGUCUUACUGAAAAUACUUAUGAAACCAGAACAAAAGCAAAUUAUGAAGGAAAAUAUAAAAAAUAUCUUCACCAGAAAUCGAACAGUUAAAGCACGAUACAUUAAUGUGCCUCAAAUAGAUGAUGGUGAUGAUGAAGGUCUGCUGGUCAUGGAAGAUGAACACAACAUAACAUAUCAUGACGACAGUGAUGAGGAUAUGAUAUUGUGAUGGAACCUUUUUUAACCGCCUGUUUUGUUCCCCUACCCCAUAUUUUUUUUCAGUACACCACUCCCGCUAAAAAAAAAGGUCCAUAAAAAUAUUUUUCCCUCUGUUAAUCAUCAUCAUUAU